AUGCCAGUUGAUCAAGGUGAACAACCCUCUGCCUCUAGGAAGGGGAAGAGGCGAGACGACCGACCUACGACACCUCCACCGGCUCCGAGUCAAGCUUCCAAGCGACGACGUAAAGGCCCCAUGGCUGAGACAAGCUCAACGAAGCCAAAAUCAAGAACGGCGGCUAGGAAGCAAUACCAUCUGAAGAAAUGGGAGAUCCCGGAGGAUGCGACUAGGAUGAAGGCAGCGUUUGAAACCCACAUCCGGCUUAUCUCGCUCACUCUUGUCAGCGACUCCGUGCCUGAAGCCCCCACGGAGUACCAGAAAGCCAUGUUUGACCGUCUUUGGGCCGAUUCCAACGAUCUUACCGCUGCUUUGCAUAAAGCUCGAACAUUUCGUGGACAUAGCCAAGCCGUUGACGAUGCCUUACGUGAUGUCCGUCGCCGUCAAGUUACGGAGUCGUCUAACACUACGCUCAAUAUCGCUCGCAUUCCAGAUCACUUCAUACGACAGACCUUUGCCAUUCUCCAUUCCUUCGGAAUCACGGCAUGGCGUCCAGAUUUCUAUAGCACUCCAACGUCUCAUUACAACGCCGCGCUUCAGUCAAUUGCGAUAUCGACGUUCGAGCACAUUGCUGUAUCACAUGGGUACAACCACAUGGGCAUCAAUAUCGACUGCGUCCGGGAUGCUCAACUUCUACAUGACAUAUAUCUCAACUUCGUGUGGUCUCAUCUACGGGACCUGGUUCUGAAAGAGGCGAAAGAAGCAGGUAGUGUCGCCAAGGCUAGCAAGCUAAGAGAGGCGUAUAGGCGGUGUGAUAGGCUUACGCAGAAGCGGGCGGUCUGGUUGUCCAACAAUACAUAUCCUGAUCGAGUUCAGGCUUUAGCCAGUGAACCUGAGUGUACGUCUGAUGACGAACGCAAGCCUGUUGGUAUUGGCUUCCAAAUCUUUCCAAAGACCGGCCGAAAUUCCAACGUAACCAGGUUCUUGCGGCUGACAGACUCUGCGCGUAUUAACGGAACACCGAUAUUCCGACAUCAGCGAGGCGCCAAACCCGAACCUCGCAAGGAGCACGACAAUCCCAUAGCUAAGAGCCCCAUCUCACGUCGCCUCCCUCUGGGUUGCCCGCUUGACUGGUUCGCUCCGGAAUACUUCAACAGCCUCAACGUGAUGUACCGUGCCUACUACAUCGAUGCGCCUAUUGCCCUACCCCUCGCUGGUGAUCUAUCUGACAAUAUCGGUGAAUGGAAGGCAUGGAAAGACCUUUCUGAUGCUGAUUUCAUGGCAAGGUAUGGAAACAAGGUAAAGGCUCAGUACAAUCUGCCGACUGAGGUCGAAAUGGCAGCGAUGGAGGAUAGAGGUAACCCAGAGCCUUCAAGUUCUAGUGGUGCUGGUACUAGUGCUAAUCCAUCGGAUGCACAAGGUAGGGGCCUGUCUGGUGGAGAGAGCUCAUCCACUGCUGGUCUAUCUGGUCAGAUGAUGGAGGGUAUUGACGGGGCUGAUUGA